UGUUCUAGAGACGAGGGGCGCUUCAAAACAUUCUAGUCUCGCGCUGACCGAAUCACUGCGUGUUGUUGACUGGAGACAGGAUAUCCACCCUUGCAUCUCCAACGAGAAUUCAAGAGGGGUUUGUGAAAAGAACAGACAUCGAAUUUACAUUUUUAUAUAAUUUACCCUGCACUUGAUGAAAAUUCAGCGUGUUUAAAUCCGAAGCAGACGUAGCUGCAUUUACAAAGAGGAUGAGCGCGGUUACUUCUGGUUUGGGAACGGCUUCGUGCCGCUUUGCCCACUACUUCGUUGUAUGUGGAAUCGACACAGAGACUGGCCUGGAGCCCGACGAAUUAUCAGCGGAGGGCUUUGAGCAGAACCCCAUCCAGAGAGCUUUCAGGUCCAAGGUUCUGGCCCACUACCCACAAAGCCCAGACAGAGGGCCCCUCAACACGGACGCCAUCAACAUGCUCUGCAUGCCCAGGGGUCUGUUGUUUCGGACUCAAGCAGACAGUCUGGAGCCUCAUUUCCACUCCUUCAUAGUUUCCUGUGACGAUGGCACGCGUUGCUACGGCUUUGUCCACACAUACUACGAGGAGGUUAAGAGCGUCCAAAUCACCACGGCGAUGCACACUCUCUACCAAAUGCACCAUGUGGAGCACCACUCCUCGUCCUCCUCUGCCUCGGCCUCCUCUCCCUCCUCCUCCAGUCUGGACUCCCUGGCCAGCAGCACAGAGGAGGCGGACACUGACUCGUCCUGUGUGGGCUGUGCUGGCUCCUAUGACCAGGAGACGGACGCGCUCUAUGUCUCCAAAGCCCUCUGCCUCCUCACUCCCCUCCCCUUCCUGCAGGCCUCCCGACGCUUCCUGUCUCAGCUGCACCUGGCCGCUGCUUCCCCCUCGGCUCCGCCCCUGCCCCUGGAGAGCUACGUCCACAACAUCCUGUAUGAGGUGCCCCUCCCUCCGCCUGGACGCUCCCUGCGCUUCCACGGGGUCCAGGGGCCCAUCGUGGUCCAGCGGCCUGGCCCGGAGGAGCUGCCUCUGGGGGACUACCCCCUGGGUGAGACUUGUGCCCUGCUAGGGGUGGAGGGACUGGUCCAGCUGCUCACCUGCCUGCUGUUGGAGACUCAAGUGUUGCUUUACUCACAAGACUACCAGCGCCUGAUGACGGUGGCAGAGAGUGUGAGCACGCUGCUGUUUCCGUUCCAGUGGCAGCACGUUUACCUGCCCAUCCUGCCCGCUCCACUACUCCACCUACUGGACGCGCCCGUACCCUUCCUCCUGGGUGUCCAGCGAGUAGAGGGCACCACCCGCUCCUCCCUACACCUGGCUCAUGAGGCCAACUUGUGUUUUGUGGACAUUGAUCAGCAUGGUGUGGAGCCUCCAGAAGACCUGCCCCUGUUCCCCGACCAGGCAGAGCUGCUUCAGGAGCUCAGGGAGGUGCUGCUGCGCUUUGGCCUCCCACCACACAGGGCCCCCGCCACCAUGCGCUUUGGCCUCCCACCACACAGGGCCCCCGCCACCAUGCGCUUUGGCCUCCAACCACACAGGGCCCCCGCCACCACUCUCACCCCCGCCCCUCCCUGCCUCAGCGGGCUAGUCCUGGAAGACCUGAUGGAGGACAAGCGCAACGGGAACCUGGGUGGGGAGGAGCUGGCCGUGCUGGAGAGGCUGCAGGCGCUGGCCAAGAGUUGUGGAGUUGGAGGGGCCACAAACACUGGGGGAGGAGUGGUGUUAGGACGGCCGUUUGAGGAGGAGGAGGAGCUGAGGUCGGCCAAGCUGAACGCACAGCUGAGGGAGGUGUUUGCAUGCCGCUUCUCAGCAAUGUUCAACAGAUACGAUGAGUUCAUCAUCCAGAGCGUGUCAGACCUGGAGUCCUGGCUGAGCAACAGGGAGGGGAGCAGCUGCUUCGACAAGAGCGCUUUCCUGUCGGCCCAGCCUGCGAGCCAUGUGCACUUCCUGUCUUGCUUCCUGGAGACAGCCAUGUUUUCCCACCUGGUGGAAGGGAAGGUGACGUCCCGCUGGGCUGGCCAGGAGCCUACGCAGCGACUGUUUGACGGACGCCUUGAAAGGGAGCGGCUGUACAACCUGGAUGAUGAGGACCCUAGCAACCGUCGCUACAGGAAGUGCACCACAUUCCAUGAGUCAGGCAUAACUCUUUUCCUGUCCCCAGCCCAGACCAUCGAGCGGCGUCUGCUGAAGGUGGACCACACAGCCCUCCACCCCCACCUGCUGAACAUGCGCAUCGGCCAGGGCCGCCACCAGCCUGGCUGCUUCCCCUGUCUGCAGGCAGACGUUCUGGCGCAAGGCCACAACACCAACAAAUGUGGAAUGCCUUUGACUGUGUGCUGUGGGGUGGUGGGCAGGUGGUCUGGUCGGGGUGCCACUCCUCGUAGGGUGGAACUGAGACCCCCCAUCACUGAAACCUCAGCACUGGACAAUGACCAGAGAGAGAAGCACACACUGGGAAGGAAGAACCUACAACAGUCCACGCUGCUAGACCCCUCCCCCCUGGCUGUCACUCAAACCCACCGGGACUUUGUGGAGGGGCUGCUGAGGGAGUGUUGUCUGAAGACCAAGCGUAUGCUAGUGGAGAGGAUGGGUGGCCAUGGUAUGGAGCAGGGCCAAGGUGAGGCCAGUAUUGCUGGGCUGCAGGAGAACACCCUCAUACACGGCCUCUGUGACCUGCUGGAGAGAAUCUGGGCACACGGAUUACAGCUCAAACAGGGGAAGUCGGCUCUCUGGUCCCACCUUCUUUACUACCAGGCCUGCCAAGACAAGAUGGAGCCUCCAGCCCUGUCCCCAGUAUCUGAUGGUGUGGGUCAGGGCAGGCUGGAGGAGGGGCUGGCGUACAGAGGGUCCUGCCUGCAGGAUAUGAGGUUCGUCCAGGCCAUGAGUUCUAGUCUUUCAGAGGUGGGUAGGGCUCGGGCCUGGAUCCAGCUGGCUCUUGAGAAGAAGAUGCUCUCUCCACACCUCAGAGACCUACUGGCUAACCAAGAGCUCGUCAGGCAGCUGUACAAGCCUCAUGCGUUCCUGCUGAGUGAGGAGGAGAGGGAGCAGUUCUUGUUCCACCUGCUGUCCCUCAACACAGUGGACUACUUCUGCUUCACACGCUGCUUCACCUCUGUCAGUAUACCAUACCGGGUUGUCAUCAUGCCCAUGAAGAAGCUGAGCAUUGCCAUGACGACAGUCACUCCGUGGGUGUGUGUGUCGGGGGAGCUAGGUGACUCAGGGGUCAGAAAUAUCCCCAGGAACAUCCAGGAGAUCUACUUCCAGUGUAAGAACCUGGGUCGACUCAGCACUCUGCAGUUGGGUCAAGAGAACUCUGGUCUACUGGCCAAGUGUCUGGUGGACUGUGUUCUUGUGUACAAUCUCAUCACUGGACACUUAUAUAGGUUCCCCUGUGGCCGAUGGCUGGGUAAAGGCGUGGGUGACGGCAGCCUGGAGAGGGUCCUGAUAGGUCAGCUGGUGUCCCCAGGAGGAGAGGAGGAUGCUGGGAGGGGGGCGGGGACUCCUCUGGAGCUGGGUUCACCACCGCAGAGCGGACGCACUGGACUGGGAGCACUGGGAGGACGCAACAGAAUGACCUCAACUGAGGUGCAAGAGACCCUGAGGGAGGCAAUGAACAACCUGAUUAAGCACUUCCACAAGCCAGAGCAAGAGAGGGGGAACCUGACAGUGCUUCUGUGUGGGGAGGAAGGCCUGGUCCGCUCUCUAGAACACUUUCUGUUACAUGGGUUUAAGUCCAGUCGCCUAUUCCAGAGGACUGUGUUCAUAUGGGACUUUGUGGAGAAGGCUGUGGUAACCAUGGAGAUGGCUGAUCAGAUGGGCGACCUGCAGGGUUCAACUGAGGUCUGGGACUCACUGUGUCGUUACGCCCAUGCCAUCAACAGCUCGCAAAGGAACAUUGGCAAGGAAGGAAAAUUCCAGCUACUGGUCUGCCUGGGAGUAAGGGACCGGCUGCUCUCUCGGUGGCUCCCCCUGCUGGCAGGCUGUCCCCUGACAGUGCGCAUGUAUGAGGAGGGCGCCCUUCUCCGUGACGGCUCUGCUCUUCACGCACUCUACCGUCUCCUGCACACCCUCCAAGACUUCAACAUCACUUUAGAGACGGCCCUGGUCAAGGGGUUGGAGCUUUAACCCUGUUGCCAAGGAUUGCGGGAUUUGGAGUUGCACUUAAAAAUGGAGGCUACAGUCUUACCUCCAUUAGGGUGUGGUGACAAAUCUACUGUGUGUAGAUAUUGGAAGUUAUCUGAGGAGUAGUUAAAUACCAGCCCUUGGAAUAUCUGUCAAUAGUGUGAUACUUUCAGAACUGUCCUAAUUAAGGAGAAAGAAGAGAACAUCACAGCACACUAUUGAGACCCAGCCAUGCAUGGUUGGUCUGACUCAGCCAAGCACACUAUUGAGACACAGCCAGGACUGCUUUGUUUGUUGCGUAUAAUUCUCACUAGACGGUUGGUCAUGUCGGGACAAGAAGUGAUCAGAAGGAACCACGAGGCAGUUGACGAGGCCAAUAGAUCAGAGGAAGCUUACAGCUUUCUGGUUUGACCUCAGAAGUGGACAUUCCUGUUUGUACACACUGUGAUAUUCUGUGAUGGAGGGGGGAGGAAGGCACAUGUGUCCCCCCCCCCCCCCUCCCCCCUGCACCUUACACUAGCUUCCGUCAACGUCCUGCUGUUGGCUCUGCUGCCACUGGAACUGUUUACUCCUUAUGCAUGGCCAAACUGUCUUUCUGCUGUGAGCUCCACAAGCUGUGGUCGUCCAGUUACACAUGCUGUGGAUGGACAUGGGUGCACAGGGAUGGUUAAGGUUGAGGAGUACGUCUACUGAGAACAUGUUUCCAUUCACAGUCCUAAGAUAUGUUGUUUAUUGACUAUUGGAUAUAUUCUAUUUCCUGACUUCUUUGUAAAUCUGUUAUAACUUUAUGCGUCAAACUACAGGGUCUUAAUCGUUAUGCUAAUAAAAUACUGAAAAUGCUUCUGUACUACUUGUCAAAUAGUGAAUGUUAAUUUAUUAUUAAGGCUUUGGAGAAGUGUACAUUUAUCAUACUGUUUCACCAUAUCCAGGCUGUGUCCUGUUCUUUCCAUAACUAUGUUUGAUGAGCCACAAUUAAUUCAUGGGUGGUUGAAAAACUAAAUAGUUAUUGUGGUGAAAUUCUACUCAUCUCUGGGUGAACUAAUUUUAAUUAGAUAAUAAAUUGUCUCCUGAACUGCCCUGCAAGCACUCACAGAAUGACAGAAUGUCAAGCAAACUCAGCAAACAUACUAUUUAUUAUUAUCACCAUCAUAAUUUGUUUUAUUGGUGUUGGCGUUAUUGUUGCUAUCUGAAUGUGGAUUAGGUUCAGCAAUAAUUAUCACUGUUAUUUUCUGUGUUAACAAUGUGUUUAUUAAAGUAUAU